UCCCAUCCACAAAACAACAACAAACGGUGAAAAGAAACGGAACUUCCUGGGAUUGCUCCGCUCUAUGUGCUCUCUUCGGCACCAACACUCCUCCAAACGGUUUCGUGGAAGAUGUGAACAUGACAUGUAAGAAAAUGGACUGUUUUACGCCGUUUUUUUAGGAACUCCAGGUUUUCUUCAUUUGUUUAUGCACCGUGGAUGCGUGUGAAGGGAGGAAGAAGAAAAAAAAGGGCCUUGUUGUGAUCGUGAUCCUGUCGGCAAGUUAAGCGUGAGCCAAGUUGUGAAAAAGGCCGGUGAGGUCGGUAGAAUUCCACUGCUAUCUUUUCGGUUCUAAAAAAGAUGCUGGAGUGUGGAUGCGUUCCUCCCUCGAGGACAACUAACUGUUGUGAAAAUGAAAGAACACUAGAAGGAUUUGCAUUUGUUUCUCGUCCACAAGAGAAUAUCCAUUAUGGCGUGGCCAACGAAAGAUGAAGAAAAAUUAUAUUCAGGAGACAGCAAUGCCUCUAGUGAAGUGGUUAACGAGGACGAUUCAUUCUACGUUAACAUGACCACGGAAGACCUGCUGCAGCCGGGUCACGUCGUCAAAGAACGAUGGAAAGUUGUGAAAAAAAUUGGAGGUGGUGGAUUUGGGGAAAUCUACGAAGGCCUAGACUUGGUAUCAAAAGAAUUAGUAGCUUUAAAAUUAGAAUCAGCAAAACAAACCAAACAAGUGCUCAAAAUGGAGGUGGCUGUACUUAAAAAAUUACAAGGCAAAGAACAUGUAUGCCGGUUUAUUGGGUGUGGCCGAAACGACAGAUUCAACUAUGUAGUGAUGCAACUGCAGGGGAAAAAUCUGGCCGAGUUGAGGAGAAGCCAACCCAGAGGUGCUUACAGCCUCAGUACCACCCUCAGACUUGGCUUACAAAUCUUGAAAGCCAUAGAAAGCAUACAUGAAGUUGGAUUUUUGCAUAGAGAUAUAAAACCAUCAAAUUUUUCCAUGGGCCGGUUGUCGCAUAAUUGUCGAAGUGUAUAUAUGUUAGAUUUUGGUUUGGCCAGGCAAUAUGUAACUGCAACCGGAGAAGUAAGACCACCAAGGGCAGCAGCAGGCUUUAGGGGCACAGUUCGUUAUGCUUCCAUUAACGCCCAUCGAAACAAGGAAAUGGGACGCCACGAUGAUCUAUGGUCUUUGUUCUACAUGUUGGUGGAGUUUGUAAACGGACAAUUGCCAUGGAGGAAAAUCAAAGAUAAGGAACAGGUUGGUAUCAUGAAAGAAAAGUACGAUCAUCGGCUUCUCCUGAAACACUUGCCUUCCGAUUUCCGCCAAUUCCUUGACCACAUCCUAGCCCUUGAGUAUUAUGAUCGUCCUGACUACAAUAUGCUGUCCGGUCUGUUUGAGCGAUGUAUGAAGAGAAGAGGUAUCAAAGAGAAUGACCCAUUCGAUUGGGAAAAGCACUACACAGACAAUUCCAUCACCACCACCGUUACCACGUCACCCGCAGUCAUAUCCAAACCUCCCCUUGCUGGUACUGUCCCACCUGGCACUCACGGCACAGAUAAUAUGUUGGACGACAACAUCAUGGCUAGCUUUGAGGACCAUGGCGAAAACUACAAACUGGACGAAUUGGGUGUAAAGCGAGAUACGUCUAAAGAGAACAUAACUAAAGGUCUGUAUCAGGCUGAAAUGAUCGAAGGUGGUCGAAUAGCUGACAACAUCCACUCCAAACCUUUGAAUGAAAAUAAUAAUAAUUACUAUGCAAAUAACAAUGCCUUAAAAGUAGAUGAAAUAGCAGAUAAACUUGAGAAAAUGGAGGUUGAAGAAGAAGAGGAUGGCAAAGAACACGUGAACGGAGUUGAAGACCCUGGUAAUCAACAAGGUACACCAGAUACAGAUCGUUGCAAGGAAUUUGCAAAACUCUGCAUCAGUGACCAUCCCAGUCUAUUCAAGGAAGAAUCUGGAGUCGGCAGUAGGGGCACGAGUCCGAGACCCAGGGAAGGUGAUGGAGGCAGUAGCCGAGAAGUGUCCUACAGGCAUGCAGGAGGAGGGGACGGCGGUAAACAGCCCCUCUCCGUCCUAUCUACGACCGAAUCAAAAUUAUUGCGUGAACCUCGAGAACACAGACACCGCCGCUAUCAUUCCGGUUAUAAAUCAAGGUACUCUCGAGAUAUUUCCAUUACCCAGAUGGCUCUGGCUGAGGAUGACAACAUAUCUGCUUUACAACAGGUAACAAAGGGAGGAGCAGCUGCUGUAACGCUAGCUUCUAAAUGGCAGGUAUCUUUCGAUGAUAGCGAAGAGACAGAUAAUGAAGUUGAGGCAAAAGAUAACCUAACGUCCCCAGAGCAUCGUCCCGCAUUCGCUCAAGAUUCCCCCUCCAAAUUAUCCGGCCCACAUGCAGGAUCCAAUUUCUGGCCAUCCGCUCAAGAUUCCAUUCUCGUAGUCCAAAACCACUCUGGAAGCAAAGGAACUCCUGUGAAAAAAGGUCUACUCACAGACCAGAGAUUGGAUGAAGCCACUGCGCGAAAUAGAAUGUUUUGGCGAAUGAAAAAACAAAAAUGCGUUAGGAGAGUGACUUCUCAACCAUUAAAGCAAAUUUCUGAUCGAAUAGCUCCUGUGAUUGAAGAAGGUGGUAGAAGGCACUCUGCUCGCGCUGUUUUACUUUCGGACUACAUAUUGCAGGGACAGCGAUCAUGGAGCUGCCCUGAUUUGAGUUUGGGUCUACUAUCUUUGCCCGGGUCACCAAUAAAGUACAGUGCAUCCGAAAUAAAUUUUCAUGAUAUGACGCGAAGUAUGGAGAAAAUGCAAGACAAAAAGCAUGUGCCUUCAAGGCGGCAUUCUGCCGAAAUCCAUUCGAACAUUGAAAAUUUAAAAGACGCUGACAGCAAAAGAUGGUCGGUAGGAUCUACGUUUGAAAGAAUCACUAAAAAGAUGCCAGCAGAAAGAGAUGAAAGUGCCCCAAAAGGAGAUUCAAAAGGUUCUGAAGAAUACAAUGUUGAAGGUAUUAAAUCUGCACCUAUUCCGUCAAAUGUGAAACCUAAAAGCAUCCUCAGGAAAUCCGGUUCUGAUCAGCCACUCGUGCAAGCUAGUCAUAAACCAAUAGAUACCGAAAAAGUUUUUUGCAAUAAGCUAAUUGUAACAACUAUUGAAUGGGAGCCAAAUGAUAAAAUAGGAAACAUUGUCAAACACGAAGUAGAGACGCCGACUUUAGAAAAACAAUCACCAAUGACUCCUAUGCUAGAUAUUGGUCGUCUUCAUGUUGAUGAGCCGUCAGUUUAUUUUGAUGCUCCUCAACCAAAUGAAGAGGAUUCUGACGAUCCACGACGAAUGCACGACGGUCAUAACGGCGAGGAAGAAGACUUCGAAACACCUCCAAAAGACGAUUUACACUCGUCUGGAAACAUAUCAGAACCCCGAUUUGAAGACGCUCUUCAAUAUCGGAAACGAUCACCCACUCCUCCAAACAGAGCUGGUAUCAAGUAUUCCUCAGGUAUACGUCGCAAACUAAAAGAUGUCGAUUUUCACGUUGCUGAAGCUGUUAUAGAAGAAGACAAAGAAGGUGGUUCUGCUUCGGACUGCCAAUCUCCUAGGAGGCAUGAUUCUGUGACGCAAACUCACAGAGCAAGCCUGCCCUUUUCACGAUCCGGGAGUGGCAACGAGGACAUGAUGCGUUCAACAAUCCCGAUUCAUACGAUGGACACUUGUCGCGAACCCACUCCCGAUGACAGUUCGGACAGCUGGAGAGUGCCUAAGGGUGGAUCUGAAGACAGCCAACGGAUGCUUCUGCUUAGGAAGAGGCGCCCACGUUCCAUGAUCGAAGGUAAUCGCUAUGCUGAUUAUACAUCUAAGAAAUAUCCUAGUGGUGAUAAAAUACAAAGGCAAGGUGGAAUGACGCCAAUGGUGUCAUCUCGAGGGGGUUUGAAACAAAGAACGGCUUCCUCUGAAAUGGUUGAUUCAGCCAGAGGAAGCAUGCAGAGUUCAAGGAGUGCAUCGAGUUCGAGGGAAGAAUCCGAUUACGUUGAGCCAAAUAAUAAAGUUCCGAUUGCCAUGAAACGGAGUGACUUUUUCUCGCGCAGCAUCAGUUGGGAUGCCAAAUUUCGAAAAGAACGCUCACCCAAUUCUCGAGGUAAAUCUUCCGAAGAGAAACACGUGCGAGCUGAAACAAACGAUUGGCGUGGGAGGCACCCACGCAGACGUCACAGAGCUGGACUGACUGGGGGUGGAGAAUCCCGAAUUCCCAGACCCAAAAGUCGUAUAGUGCAACAGGUAGAGCAGUUGAAUCACGAGUUCCAGCAGGAAGUGCUUCAGAGGUGUCCACCUUCUCGGCCUGGCAGUGGCAGACAAGGUGAAUCUCAAGGCAAAUCUCCUGUGUCUUCUUCCCUUCCUACCCUUCAGAAUGAUUCAAGUAUGAGUGCUGUACAUCAAGAGCUGCCCAGGAACUGCAAGAGUGAAGUGUUGAUUCCUCGGUUCAAACAAGAAGGUGCUUGUUAUAUACCACCGAGGUAGAGAGAUUUCCUCCACGUUUCAGGCGACGAAGAUAUCGCCCUCUGACACCCAAAGACUUACCAAUGACUGGAAGUGAAUCGUCAUGAAUAAUUUAAUGACUAUUUAUAGAAACGUCUUCACAUGUGGUGGUGAGCUGCAAUUCUAACAGGGUAAACAAGGACAUCUCCCCAAGUCACCAGCUUGAACAGAAACUGUGUCGAGAGUUUUGUUGUUUGCAAGAUCUAGUCACUCUAAUAGGCUACUUUUAGGUAUUAUAAUUCAAACUUCCAAGAUACAAAGUGGAAUAACUUUUUUCGUCAGACUUGAGCCUUCUCUAUUUCAAUUAUACCCUCUCAAGCACUUACCCUGCUAAGAAUAUCCAUGCCACACACACACACACAUUAACUGUAAUCCACAAUGCUUUGCAUUCGCCAUUUUGAUUUGUGAAGCUUUUCUUUAUCUUUGAUUGGUUCAUAAAUAAAUUAGUUCCUCCAAUAAAAGAACUCGAAGAGAAGACUUUUGCUGCUAUCAUCGGGAAUACCUUUGGUAUCUCCAAACUGUGAUCAACUGUUAUUGAUUUGCUGUACUAGAGUGGAGCAUUUAAUUUUAUGUACAUUGAAUGAAAAUAAUUGUAUUUUUAAUCUAGUGGAAGUAUAUGAUUGUGAUUCUAUUUCUCAACUGUGCUAUAGCUACAAGCCAAAAAUAGUUUUUUAUGGUGCAAAUAAAUUUAAAAUUAUUAUUUUUUUUUAAAAUUUGGGUCCAAAUAGUGUUGGCAGAACAGUAAAUUUACCAAACCAUACUUUUUUAUUUUUAACUUCAUGCUAUUAAUAGAAUUGUUUGAUGAAGUACUCAAAUUUUUUUUCAAUCUAUAAAGACAUACUUGCACUACAUAUUUUGCUAAAACAUUUUAUUUCAGUUUGAAAAUGGCAAUUUAAUUUUAUAAGUCAAUUAGAUUAUUUUUCAAAUGUUUUAAAAACGUGAACCUCAUGAUAUGCAACAUUGCAAUUGGCAUUAAAACCAAAAUCCAAAAUUUAACUGGUAUCGUACAUAAAAACAUGGAUCUAAACAUAUAUUUGAAUACUAUUUAUAAUAUUAAUUGUAGAAUUUAUACAAGUAUUACAUACUUUAAAAAAGAAAAAAAAUUAUGACAAGAAAAAUAUUAUUUCAUUUAAAAUUUAUUUUCAGUGCUAAAAUUGACAUUUUAAUAUUAGUAGUUCAUUUAAUUUUAAUUCUGACAUCAAAUGUGUUGACAAAAUGUUGAGUGCCCACAUUUUUCAAAACUUUUUAAAAAAUUAGUUGCUUUUAUUUGUAAAAUUAAACUGAAUAUUUUCAAAUAAAAUGUUUGAACAAAAACAAAGCACGCCUAUGUUUUAACACACAGUAGAAAAAGUGGAGUGCAAACUUAAUUUAAAUAGCAUGAAAUUAAAAUAUGUGAACACUUUGAUAUGCUUACUGCUUUGCCAGUAUUAUUUAGACUCGUUAAGAAUAAACUGCCUAAAUAAAAUCAAAUUGAUGUAACAAUAGCAAACGGGUAAUCUAGUCAAUCAUCUACUUAAAUAACGCCAAUUUUAUGUUUGUGCUUUUUAACAUAUACUAUAAAUUUAUUGUUUUAAAGAAAAAGUAAAUAAGUAGUUUAAAAGAUCAGGUGUUUUAUAUAUUGUUUUUAAUAUUAUAUGCCCUGUAUUGUUUUCCUUAUCCUUGCUAUCAAAACUUUAAAAAAUGUGAGUUACGUAAUUUGAGUUUAGUUGGUUGGUUAUAAAAUAAUUUUUUUUGUUUUUUUGGCAAAUUUUUGCUAUUUGUAAACAUUAUUUAUGCAAUAUGUAUGGAAAUUGGCAAGCGUGAUACAAUUAUUUUACUGCACCAAAACUUACAAAAAAUAAAAAUUAUACAGUCAGCUUUGUACAAUUAGAAUUGUCAUUUAGGAAUUUGGAACUAUGGCUUAAAUAUUUUAAAGGAUAAAAGCAAAAAUAUCGGUGAAAAUACAUUUUAAAAAAAGCUUUAUUAUUUUGCUUGAAUUUAUGAACAUUUUGUUACACAUGGAGCUUUAUAUUUUAUUUCACAACAAAGUAUUUAUUAAAGCGUUUUUAUUUUUACAUUUACUUGUUUCAGUAUAAAAUAUUAUUAAGUUUUAUGUCUGUUACUUGAACUAUAAUGUGAAAUCUGCUAAUAGUUAUUUUUUUCCCACUGUUUUCAAUGUUUUUUGUAAAUAUUGGCAGUUAAAAGCGAUUAACAUUGAAAAAAAACAUGUUCCAAAAAAAAUUAUACUUUAUUUAUAUAUAUUUUCAAUAUUUCAAAUUAAUCAUUUUAACAUAGCCAACGUUAGAAUCAGUAAAACAAUUAACUUUUGAAACAUUUUAAAAUCUAUUUAUCAACUUGAAAAUAGGUUUUAGAAUAAAGCUAUCCUGAAUUAACAUGAAAUUGCAAUUUAAAAAUAAUCAUUUAUUUAAUAAGAAUAAUGCAAGUCUAAACAUAUAACUGAUCAAAUAUAAAUAAUUGGUUAUCUAAUAAAGAAAAUACAUAAAAUUAUGCUUCUUUCAAUUAGUAAAUUAACAAUUCACUAUGCAAAUUUUUAGACUCUUAAAAAUGUUUCAUGAUUUGAAAAGCAAAAAUUUAAAUUAGUUACUUUUGCAAUAGCUUGAAAUGUAAUUAGUAAUUCGAAAAUAGUUAUAGAAUUAAAACUAUCUUCAAUUGGCAAAAAUAUACAAAUUUAAAAAUAAUAAUAAUGCUAGUUUAAAAACAUAUAAGGUAUUAUUAUUAAAUAAUUGGCUAUUUUAUAAAUGAAACACAAAGAAAUGCUUAUUUAAUUUCCAUGCUGAUUAAUUUAUUAUACCAUUUAAAUGUUUGAAAACUAAAAUAUAUUACAUACCCAAACAUUUGCAAGAUGUAGAUAGUAACAAAAUAUUUUUUUUCAAACUUAAAUUAUUGUUGGUGUCUAAACAUUGGAAACCAAAUCAUAUGGAUAUAUUUUGUUAAUUACAAACUUUUGAAAUUUAUAAUGAAAUAUUUUUAAUUGAUUUCAAUAAACUUUCUUGCAAAGAUAUUAUAGUAUGAAGAUUGCUAUAGUAUCUUAGAAAUCAAAUUAGGCCAAGUCAUUGUAAAGAAUCUGUAAAAAAAAAAUAUUUCUUGUCAAUUACACUUUGUGCAUAAGACAGUGUGAUCGUCUGUUUUAUAAAAAUAUUUAAAUCCUAA